AUGCACAUUGUUGGAAAUGCGUUAUCUGCACCCACAACUUCUGUUUCGGAUUAUCAACCCGAUGGUUGGCAAGAUGUGGAAAAGUUGUUACAGUGUAUGCCUAUAAAAGGCACCAGUCCAGUCGCUUUCAAUAAGAUUAAAGCAGGCAAAGCGUUGUUUGCCCUCAAAACCACCAUUGAAGAAGAUGUGCUGGAACAUAUACGAGAUGAUACAACACCAAAGGAAGCUUGGGACACGCUAGCUGCACUCUUUUCAAAGAAGAAUGACACACGACUACAACUUUUAGAAAGUGAGUUAUUUUCGAUAGCGCAACGUGAUAUGAGCAUUGCGCAAUACUUUCACAAGGUGAAGUCGAUAUGCCGUGAAAUUUCAGAAUUGGAUCCAACAACUCCAAUUGGCGAAACCAGGAUGAAAAGAAUAAUCAUCCAUGGUUUGAGAUCUGAAUUCAGAGGCUUUAUUACUACCAUACAAGGAUGGCCAAAUCAACCAUUACUUGUUGAGUUUGAGAAUUUGCUUGCUGGUCAAGAAGCCAUGGGGGGAGCUCCAAAGAAUCAUGGCAACAACAAAAGGUUUGAAGGGAAAUGCAACAACUGUAGAAAUAAGGGCCAUAAAGCUAAUGUCUGCUGGUCUAAGAAAAGGUCUGUGGAGAGUAAUGCUGCUACUUCCAAUACAAAGGAAAGAAGUGAAGAUGACUGGGAUGCAGAAGCUUGCUUUGCUGCAGAAGAAGAGGAGUUAGCUCUUACAGUAACAAAUAACUGGGAUGCUGAAGAAGAAGAGGAGUUAGCUCUCACAGCAAAAACCUCAAGACAUAUUGAUUAUGAGAAUGACUGGAUCGUUGACUCAGGAUGCUCAAAUCAUAUGUCUGGUGAUAAAGAGAAGCUGCAAAAUUUGUCCGAGUACAAGAGGGAUCGUGAGGUGGUGACAACCGACGACACAAAAUUACCGAUAGCUCACGUCGGUAAGACUGUAGUGUCUCCAAAGAAUAGUGCUGACCCGAUGUUGCUUCAAAAUAUUUAUCACAUCCCAGGUAUGAGGAAAAAUCUUCUUUCGGUAGCACAAUUAACAUCGUCGGGCCUUUUUGUUCUGUUUGGUCCAAGAUGUAAUGAUAUUUCAUGA